AUGGCUGCUGAGGUUAGCUCUCUGUUUCGGGUCCUCAGUGGCUACAACGAUGAUCAACAACAUCUUAGCAUGGGUAGUGAAUCCAGUGGUGACAAAUCAACGGCUCUGAUUACAAGAGACUUGCUUGGUGGCGGGUCUUCUUCUUCUUCCAAGCUUUCAAACGAGUCUCAGGAACUCGACCUCGAUUUACAGGUCCCUAAUGGCUGGGAAAAGCGCCUAGACUUGAAGUCAGGGAAAGUGUAUCUUCAAAGGUCCAGUGCUGUUUCGAUCUCGGAUCAUCAAAGCCACCGCAAUCCAACAGUUCCCAUGAUGCAAGACCUGAACUUGAACUUUCCGCCAUCACCAUCCUCGAAAACCCCGUUAAAACUCUUUGAUGAUACGAGCACUAGCCUUGAAUUGAAGCUAGUAUCCUCAUCCUCAUCACCACCACCUCAGCAGCCAUCUCCUUGCAAUUUCCAGAGUCUGUGCACCUUGGACAAAGUAAAGUCUGCACUGGAAAGGGCUGAGAGAGAACCGAUCAAGAAGCGCGCCACUUCCUUGUGGAAGUCUUCAUUGUCAUCCUCGCCAUCUUACGCAUCCUCUUCGUCUUCCAUCAAGGAAACUCAGGAGGAGGACAGUGAAUUUUCUUCUCCUUUCGCAGCGGGGUGUCCUGGCUGCUUGUCAUAUGUUCUGAUCAUGAGAAAUAACCCGAAAUGUCCUAGGUGCAAUUCAGUGAUUCCAAUGCCCAUGUCAAAGAAAUCUCGAAUUGAUCUCAACAGAACAAACUGAGAGGAUGAAGAUGAUUGAUCAUAGUUAAGACGAUUGUUCAUGCUUGACAUCAUUUUUGUAUAUGAUAUCUACAACAUAUUAGUUUUUUUGUUGAAGAAUAGAUCAGCUGGUAGUUUUUUAUAGACGACGAGCAUAUGUACAUUCAGAAAGGGUUGGUUGCUCUCUCUAGCAAGAUUUAUGCUUAUGGUUCUAAAUGGAUGUGUUGACUACUAUUUUUUCU